UUAGCUUUCAUCGUGAUGGCGCGAGCACAGGAAAGACAUGUGAAGAACAGUUGAUAAUGGAGUUGAUACUGUGACAUGGAGCUACCGCCGCUGAACUUUUAGCAAGAUCGUCGUAGUCUGUAGUUUGCAUAUAGUUUCAGUGAUUCAUAAAAGAGAAGAAGAAAAGAAAUGUACUUUUUAAUGGCCCUUGUACCCCGUGACAAGAAAAUUCGGGCGCCAGUCUCUCUGCAGAUACACGACGGGGAGUGAAGUCUUAUACUGGUAGUCGCGACUCAGUGAAGAGUGCGUGGGGAGAGGAGAGGAAGGGGUCGACGUUUCAUUUCCCGACGCAGGUUGUGCUAAGGCCUGAACUCCAGAACCGAAAGGAAGUGUAGUGGGGGAGGGAGAGGGAGCAAGGGAGGAGGGAGUGGAUGGGGGUUAGCUGAUCGGGGAUGUACACACGUGUCCUGUUCUUGAAUGAGGAACAAUAACACGGCCAUGACGGUCAUCCUGCCCGCCUCAGUCUAUGCCCGUCCCCACUACCGAAAGCCGGGCCCAGUCGUGCCGAAGCCAGGGUUGUGCGUCGACCAUGAAACACGUCCUCCUCCCUCCCCGAUGUAAAGUGGUGCUGCUGCUGCUUCUGCUUCGCUGUGCUGCAUGAAAGGAAAAUGGAGAUGCUCCGAGCCAGAAGGACUUUCCUGCUGAUCAACCUGGUCGUGGUCUUACUGAACGCAGGCCUCGGAAUCCUCGUUAACCUGGCUGCGUUCACUAACAGGACGGGACUCAGGGAGAGAUACCUUAAUCUGCCUUCAAAUGUUUCCAUGUCACCGUCUCCAGCCGAGCCCGGUGAGGAGAUGCUGUCCGCAGCGUUCGGUCUGAUAGACAAGACGGGGAACUACACGAAUCACCCGUUCGUGUGGGCGGGGUCGGAGUGGGCGACGGUCACCUCGGACUCGCGGGUGUGCCUCUCCACCCACGCCACAGUGGACCGGCUCUUCUGGGUGGCGUGGCAGGCGGAGGCGUGGAGCGGGCCGAUGUCCGUGUCCAUCUUCGCGCCCGGCUCCGACUACGCCGUGGCCGCCGCCAUGGUGUCCUACCUGCGGCGCUGCUUUACCAUCGUGCACGAGCGAGUGUCCUUCCACCUCGUGCACACGAGGACGCGCCCUCCGAGAACCUCGCCGCACUACGAGGUCUACCGUCUCAACUGCGCCGAGCCGGAGGAGGCAAACGAAGCCCUCAUGGCGCUCAGGGACAAGAUGGAGGCCAGGGAACGACGGUACCCGCAGAACCUUAUGAGGAACCUCGCGCGAAGGACCUGCCCCUGUGACUAUACCCUCAGCGUAGACAUUGACAUGCUCACGCCUCCUUACAUGGCCGAAAACAUGACCGGAUUCCUGGACACUGUGAAGGCCACCUCUCCGUGUUGGAAAUGUGCCUAUGUUAUUCCCGUGUACGAGCUGCAGGACUCGGUCGCUUACCUGCCCAAUGACAAGAUUGAUCUGCUCAGACUGAUCCUGAAAAAGCAGGCUCGGAGAUAUCACGAAAAGCCAGCUGCAAAUGGUGCCCUGCAGGAAGCCAGGAUGGAGUGGUGUGAAUUGAAGUCUUGUGGUGCAGUAGCACAGCCCUGGCUUAUGUCUAAGCUCCUAAAAAGUGGCCUGUUGUACACUUUGUACAUUGUGCUAUUGAGAUUCACCCGGCCAGGUGAAUCUCAACAACAAGAGUCACAUCUCCACGAAGCCAUUGAUGUUCUACUACAGUAUGCUUAG